UUUUUGACGCUGUUUGUAUUUUGACAAAUGAAAUAAAAAGCUAUAAAAUAGAAGUUAACCUUAUAACCCAAGCUUUCUUAGUGGACAUUACGAUCUGUUCUCGUAAUAUUUAUUGUGUAUUUAGAAAAAUAAUUUCUUUAAUAUUAUAACCAUACUUCGGUGAUUUACAAUGACAGAUUCAGUGAAUAUGUCUUUAGAUGAAAUAAUUCAACAGAAUAAACAAAUACGAACAAGUAGAUCCCGUGGAAGAGGUGGAGGUACAAAUAGAGGACGUGGAAUAGACAGAGGCCGAGGUGGCGGCGGCAGAGGUGGUGGUCGGGGACGCGGUCGUGGCGGCCGCGGCCGUUCGCAGACCCGCUCCAACACCCCAAUACCUAGACAGGGCCGGUCUCGCUCACGUGGCCCGAGGGGACGCUCUCAAUCACGAUCCCGCUCACAAUCACAAGCACGUUCGCGCUCCCGUCAACGUCGUCGUUCUGUUUCACGGGGGAGAUCGAACUCGAGAUCUCGUUUUACUAGAGGCUUAACUCCCAAAGGCAGAGCAGGCCUUGAAGAACAACAGUCUGAAAUACCUCCACUAGUCAGAACGGGCAGAUUUAAUAACCGAGGUGGCCAGCAGAAUAGACUCCGACGCUCCAAUUCAAAUCCAAACUUAUAUGGUAAUGUACACAGUAGACUUGGUAUAACCACACGUCGAGGUGCUGCAAACAAUGUGCGGAAGCCUUUGGCUGUUGCUAAGAGAGGCAUCUCUAAACGUGGUCGUGGUUUAAGCACUGGUAACAGAUACAGUGCAGUAGGACUAAGGUCGGAUCAAAUUUUGAAGGAACAACGGCAGAAUCUCCUUAUGCAGAAUAAUGUUAUACGGUCACAGACAUUCACACGAUCUCGAAAUAAUUCAUUCAAUUCUGCUUCACAACUGACAGUCAGUGUAGCAAAUGAUUUUGCUAAGAGGCGUCGUAAUAGUUUUGGAAGUUCUAGUUAUUUAAAUAGACAGAGUCUAGCACAGCUUAAUAAUCAAUUUGGUGGUUAUAACACUCGAAGAGGUCCAGGUAGUGUCAAAUCAGUAGGAUCUAACAGGUCAAACAGAUCAAACCGUUCUAAUCAGUCCAAUAACAGCAGAAGGUCCACAAGAUCACGUGGAAGGGGUAGAGGAGGAAACAGAGGUAUUGGCAGAAAGUUUGUGAAUAAACAAGUAUUAAAUACUAAACUGCAAAAGGAAAUUGCUGCUAUACAGGGAAAAACAUAUGGCAAUAACUCUGGUAAUGAUUCACCUACAGGUGUCAAUUUUACUCCUACUCCAGCUGCCACGGGGCAAUCUCUACAUCAAAGAUUUGCUAGUACAUAGAUAAGAAAUAGAUUAUUAGGAUAAGUUUGAUUGUAAUUUUGUUUAAUAAUUAAAAUAUGAUUACUGAGCAUAAGUAAACUGUUUUUGUUAAUUAAUUAUUCAUAAAUAUAUAGAGAUAAGAUGUAAAAAGGUAAACUCCUAAAAUAUCAUACCCAUUAAGUAAAUAACUAUUAUGCCCAUCAGUUUGUUUGCCAUUCUAAGUAGUAAAAAAAAUCUGAACAUGCAACAAAGCAAGUGCAUAGAGAAUCAUCAAAUUUUAGUGGAAGUAAAAAGGUAAUUAUGUAGCAGGUAUUAAGAAAAUAUGGAUAAUUUGUCUUUUAAACUUAGAUGAAACUUGACAUAUUUGGAUAAAAUUUCUAAUAGUUUCAUCCUCAAUAAACAAAGAAUUUUGAAUCUGUAUCUAGUCUAACAAAAUUAUAGGCAUGACUAUAAUAGCCAUGGCCACAAAAUAAGUAAUCAUUCUAUUGUAAUUGACUGAAAGAAUUUUUGUUUGCUAUCAGAGACCAAUUGUACUUGUCCAGGAUAUUUUUACAUUUAUAUUGUUGUAUAAAAAUAAUUUCUUGCUUUCAACACUAAAACAUUUUUUUUGGACAUGUUUCUAUAUUUAAGGUCAUUUUUAUACUUUCAAAAGUAUUUUUGUUAUAGAGAUGUGAAAAUAAAUGGUAAUUGCCUA